AUGGCCCCGAAAUCAGUUCGCGGCGCUGUCACUGCAGGCAUGAAAUUCGCGAUCGUGUUAAGUCUCAUUACUGGCUCAUCGCACACGGCAAUAUUGCAAACCGAGUGCACAAGAUCUGCCUGA